GGUUUAGCGGGGACUAGCGGAAGUUUGGGCUUGGCGGAGAAGCGCAAAGGGGGAGCGCGGAAGGAGGGCGCGGGGAAGCAAGGGGGAGGGAAGGAUAACGCUGGGGGGGCUGUGGGUGGGGGUGGUAAGGAAGGGAGAGAGGAAAAGGGGGAUGGAGAGGUGGGGAGUGAAGCGGGAGAGAGUGUGGAGGGGGAGAAUGAGGCGAUGAGCGUGGAGUGGAGUGAGGGAGAGAGUGAGGGAGAGAGUGAGGGAGCGAGUGAGGGAGAGAGUGAGGGAGAGAGUGAGGAGCCACCAGAGAGCCCUAAGGACAUAGGUACACGCGGCUUUAAUCUCCUUAACACUGCUCUCAGGAAGACUUACGACAAGGCAGGAACACCAGGAGGAGGGAAGGGAGAAGGGAAGGGGGAAGGGAAAGGGGGGGAUAAGGCAGUGGAAGCAGGGAAAUCGGCAGGGAAAGGUGAAAGGCCAGGAGCAGGAGGAGGAAGCGGAGGAGGCAAAGCUGCUUCAGCUCCUGCGUUUGCGCCUCUGAGUGCUAUCAAGGCAGCAGCUCUUAGGGAGGCGGAGCGACUGGCUGGCAAAGGGAAGCAACUGCAGCGGAAUCAGGGACAGCAGCAGCAGGGAGAGAGAAGGGGCGUGAAGCGAAAGGAGAAGGAUGUGAUUGUAACGGAUGCCACUAAACAGGGAGCGGAUAAGGGCACCACUGAUAUUGUAGUAGCAGGAGCAAGGCCACUGGCAGCAGGAGCAGCGGCAGCAGGAACAGGAGCAGGAACAGCAGGAGCAGGGGUAAAGGCAGCAGCAGCUGCUAGGCUCAAAGAGAAUCAUCUGCAAGAGAAGAAAACCGUUAGUGGUGUUUCUUUAAGUGCUGGCGGCACUAGUUUAAGUGCCGGUGGCGCCAGUUUGAGCACUGCCGGUCCUGCUAUGAGCACAGAGAGCCAGGGGAGCAAGCAGAGAGGGAGCAGAGGAGGGGGUACAGGAGGGAGCCGAGAGGCAGGGGGCAGAAAGGCAGUGAGUUCGCAAAAUAGAGUAGAGGUGGGGGGACUAGCAGCUGGUAAGAAACUGGGGGGAGUGGAGGAGGAGGAAGGGAUGGAAGUGGCUGAGGAGGGGACGAACAGGGUGUCUGAAAGGGGGAGGGUGAGUGAGGGGGGGAGAGGGUCGGAACGCGAGAGGCAGUCAGAGGGGUUGAGUAAAGGUGGCGACACCAGCAGAGAUCUUUUGAGGGACAGGAUAAAGCGGGUGGGCACUAAAGGGAAGAAGAAGGCCGGAGCUAGAGGUUCGGGUGUGGCGGACAUCUUCCCAGACGAAGCAGGUCCGGGAGAUGGAGGUUCAGCCCGGGCCGCGCCUCGGGAGGUCCGGUUUGCGGAUUUCGGAGGAAUCGACGGGGUGGUGGAGCAGGUUCGGGAGCUGAUCCUGUACCCGCUGGCGCAUCCGGAGCUGUACGCUUGGCUCGGCGUCGAACCUCCGAGAGGAGUUUUGCUGCACGGGCCUCCUGGGUGUGGCAAGACGAUGCUGGCCCAUGCCAUUGCACGGGAGGCGGGAGUGCCUUUCUUCAAGAUCGCUGCCCCUGAAAUCGUCUCGGGCAUGUCAGGUAUGCCGUUUCUUUGUUUCAGUGCGCCUCAGUUAGUGCACGUCCCUCCUGGGUGCGUUUAUGAGCCGACUCCUAGGCCCCCAGCCUCACUGCAGUGCAGUGUUGGCGCAUCCAAGGUGAAGGUGGUACGGCUGCGUGGGGUGCAUGGGGUGAAGGUGGUACGGCUGCGUGGGGUGCAUGGGGUGAAGGUGGUACGGCUGCGUGGGGUGCAUGGGGUGAAGGUGGUACGGCUGCGUGGGGUGCAUGGGGUGAAGGUGGUACGGCUGCGUGGGGUGCAUGGGGUGAAGGUGGUACGGCUGCGUGGGGUGCAUGGGGUGAAGGUGGUACGGCUGCGUGGGGUGCAUGGGGUGAAGGUGGUACGGCUGCGUGGGGUGCAUGGGGUGAAGGUGGUACGGCUGCGUGGGGUGCAUGGGGUGAAGGUGGUACGGCUGCGUGGGGUGCAUGGGGUGAAGGUGGUACGGCUGCGUAAGGAGCUAAAUUGGUGGUUUUCACCACGGGCCUCCUGCGUGGGGCAAGGCAAUGCUGCACAGGAGGCAGGAGUGCCGUUCUUCAAUAUCGCUGCUCCUGAGAUUGUCUCGGGCACGUCAGGUGAGUCGGAGGCCAAGCUACGGUCGCUCUUCUCCUCAGCCGAACGUGCUGCUCCGGCCAUUCUGUUUAUCGAUGAAAUCGAUGCAAUCACACCCAAGAGGGAGACGGCUCAGCGGGAGAUGGAGAGGCGGAUUGUUGCGCAGCUGCUGACGUGUCUGGACGACCUCCAGAAGCUGCGGCUGCAGGGAUCGUUUGAUUUCGGGGUUAUUGCGCGGCGUACCCCGGGGUUUGUCGGGGCGGAUUUAGCGGCUCUUGCGAAAGAAGCGGCGGCGAUUGCGGUGAAGAGGAUUUUUACGAGUAAGGAAGUGGUGCUGGUGGGUGGUGGGCGAUUGGGUGGAGCAGCAGGAACAGGAGUGGCGGCAAUAGCAGGAGUAGGGGGAGGAGGAGAAAUGGAAGUGACAGGAGUAAGGGAAGACGUUUCAGCAGCGGCAACCGCGGCAGCAGGGGCAGCAGCAGCAUUAGGUGGUGACUGUAUGCUGGUGGAUGGAGAGGAGAUUGUUCCUAUGGCGAAUGGAGAGGAGGGAGCAGUAGAGAAAAAAGAAGUGGGGAGGAGUGGGGGAGGGGAGGAAGGGCGCGGAGGGGAAAGGCAGGGCGAAGGUGGUGGAGAAGGGGGGAGGGAGAAAGCGGGGGAGGCUUGGAGGGAGCCGUGGAGAGAAGAGGAGCUGCAGGCGCUGAGCAUCACAAUGGGGGACUUUGAGGCAGCAGUGGCGAAGGUGCAACCGAGUGCCAAACGGGAGGGAUUCACCACCAUCCCUGGGGUCACGUGGGACGACGUGGGUGCUCUGGCAGACGUGCGAGAGGAGCUGGAGUUCUCCAUUUCUCGACCGAUCAAGUACCCCGAGGAGUAUGAGUGCAGUGGGGGAUUCACCACCAUCCCCGGGGUCACCUGGGACGACGUGGGGGCUCUGGCAGACGUGAGGGAGGAGCUGGAGUUCUCCAUUUCUCGGCCCAUCAAAUACCCCGAGGAGAGGGCUUUACCUCCUUCCCUCAUUGUCACCUGGGGCAACGUGGGUGCACUGGCAGACGUGCGAGAGGAGGUGAAGUUCUCCAUCUCUCGACCCAUCAAGUACCCCGACCCGAGGAUUACCUGGGACGACGUGGGGGCUCUGGCAGACGUGAGGGAGGGGGUGGAGUUCUCCAUUUCUCGGCCCAUCAAGUACCCCGAGGAGCAUGAUAUGAGGCCAUGGGUCUCCAGGCCAUGGGUCUCCAGGCCAUGGGUCUACGGCCCACCGGGGUGUGGCAAGACGCUGGUGGCCAAGGCGACCCUCCUCCUCCACCCUCUCUUGCCCCCUCUGCCUCUCUCUUGUUAUCCUUGCCUUAAUGGCUCCUUGUCUCCUCCAGACCAUGGGGCUCCAGGCAGCAACGGGCAUUCUCCUGUACGGCCCUCCGGGGCCAUGGGGCUCCGGGCAGCAACAGGCAUCCUCCUCUACGGCCCGCCAGGGUGCGGCAAGACGCUGGUGGCUAAGGCGAUUGCCAACGACGCGGGGGCGAAUUUCAUCUCCAUCAAGACGCUGGUGGCCAAGGCCAUUGCCAACGACGCCGGAGCCAAUUUCAUCUCCAUCAAGGGUCCAGAGCUCCUGAACAAGUACGUGGGGGAGAGCGAGCGGUCGGGACCAGAGCUCCUGAACAAGUAUGUGGGGGAGAGCGAGCGGUCGGGACCAGAGCUCCUGAACAAGUAUGUGGGGGAGAGCGAGCGGUCGGGACCAGAGCUCCUGAACAAGUAUGUGGGGGAGAGCGAGCGGUCGGGACCAGAGCUCCUGAACAAGUAUGUGGGGGAGAGCGAGCGGUCGGGACCAGAGCUCCUGAACAAGUAUGUGGGGGAGAGCGAGCGGUCGGGACCAGAGCUCCUGAACAAGUAUGUGGGGGAGAGCGAGCGGUCGGGACCAGAGCUCCUGAACAAGUAUGUGGGGGAGAGCGAGCGGUCGGGACCAGAGCUCCUGAACAAGUAUGUGGGGGAGAGCGAGCGGUCGGUGAGGCAUCUGUUUGUGCUGGCAAGCUGA